AUGCCUUGUUUCCUGAAGUGGGUGCGGCUUCUCCUGGACGACACAGUUUUGGUGGAUGCGGCUGCUGUACCGGAGGACCCGGUUCGGGCCGAGCAGGAUCGACUUGAAGAGUUGCGGCAAAUCGUGGCCGAUCCUGAGUUCCCGGUAAUCGAUCUGACGAAGGCCGCACAGCUGCAGGUGCGAUUCCGGGGAGGUGCAGUUUCUCGACGAACGCGAAUGCUGCAGCGGAGGAUCCCCGGUCCGGACCAGGCAGGCUCUCGACUGGAAGAUCAAUUCUCGCACUUUGCUAUAAACAUAGUUUAUGAGGAGUGCUCUUUAAGAGAUAAUCGACUGCGAUUCGUCAAUUCCCUCACGACUUUACGACUUCUGUUGUAG